ACCCCUGUUCUUGUCAGUCCACUCCUCUUAGGACUCAGCAGCAGCAACCCCUUGCUUCAGGUUAAGGGAAGAGCAAGGUGAUUUUUGCAGAUCUGAAGGGGACUUGGUUUAGGACGUCUGAGAAAGAGGAAGGGUCCAGGAUUUGCCUUCGGGCGUGGAUUGCUGAAUCAAAAUAGCAGAAAGAAAAAAAAGCAACACAAAAAUAUUUAGACCCAUACUGGCAAAUAUCAAGCAGUCAUUCUACAGAGGAAAAGAGACAGCCUGUCAGCAAUACAAAGCUUAUGGUAUCUUUUCUCUGCUGAUUCCCUUGGUGACUAAAAUCAAAACUGGCAAUUUUACAGGCCCAGCCUACCACGACGAUGACAGUCACUUAUUCCAGCAAAGUAGCAAAUGCCACUUUCUUUGGAUUUCACAGAUUACUCCUAAGGUGGAAAGGCAGCAUCUACAAAUUGCUGUACAGAGAAUUUAUUGUUUUUGCUACUCUUUACACAGCGAUAAGUGUAUUAUACAGAUUUUUUCUUACAGGUAGCCAAAAACGCUUCUUUGAAAAAUUAUCAAUUUACUGUGACAAAUAUGCUGAACAAAUCCCAGUAACUUUCGUGCUUGGUUUCUAUGUAACUUUGGUGGUGAAUCGCUGGUGGAACCAGUUUGUGAACUUGCCUUGGCCAGAUCGGCUGAUGCUGCUCAUCUCCAGCUGCGUGCAGGGCAGAGAUGAGUAUGGGCGCCUUUUAAGGAGGACUCUCAUGCGUUAUGUGAAUUUAACCUCUCUGCUGAUCUUCCGCUCCGUCAGCACCGCUGUGUACAAAAGGUUCCCCACCAUGGACCAUGUGGUUGGAGCAGGUUUUAUGACAAAAUAUGAAAGAAAACUUUUUGAUGAUCUUAAGUCUCCCCACCUGAAAUACUGGGUCCCAUUUGUCUGGUUUGGAAAUUUGGCAUCAAAGGCACGAAAGGAGGGAAGGAUUCGAGACAGUGUGGAUCUGCAGACACUGAUGAAUGAAAUGAAUAAGUACCGGUCUUGGUGUAGCCUUUUGUUUGGUUAUGACUGGGUUGGAAUUCCACUGGUCUAUACCCAGGUUGUUACUCUCGCAGUCUAUACCUUUUUCUUUGCCUGCCUGAUAGGGCGUCAAUUUUUGGAUACUGACCAAGGGUACCAGGGACAUGACUUAGAUAUUUACAUUCCAAUCUUCACACUGCUGCAGUUCUUCUUCUAUGCAGGAUGGCUCAAGGUUGCUGAACAACUCAUUAAUCCAUUUGGAGAAGAUGAUGAUGAUUUUGAAACUAACUGGUGCAUCGAUAGAAAUUUACAGGUUUCACUUCUGGCUGUGGAUGAGAUGCACAUGAACUUGCCAAGGAUGGAGAAAGAUAUUUACUGGAAUGAUACCUCUGCUCGCCCACCCUACACAAAAGCAGCUGCUGAUUACUGCAUUCCUUCCUUUCUUGGAUCGACUAUUGAAAUGGGGCUGGCUGAUACUGAAUUUCUCUAUGGGGAAGAGUGGCCUUGGGAAGAGGAGAAGCACCACAGACAGUAUUCGGUUUUGAGAAGAGUCAAGAGGUUUCUCAGCGUCCAUGAGGGUCCUUCAUACCCCACUCACCAGCGCUACAGUCGGCAGACAAGUGAGAAUUCGGUGUUUUUCCCAGCAGAUGAAAAAGGGCACAUCAGACAGCUGCAGGAAAUGCACACAAGAGGGAGGCACUCUACCUUAAGCUUCAAGAAGAAACAUGAAGGAGUUUCCAGAAGUAACAGACUUCAUGGUAGCCGAGAGCUAGGACCCAUAACAGAAACCUCAAGGAACGAGGCACAGUUUGGUGACAGUGACACCUCAUCUGAGACAACCAGGCCAGUUCCUGAGGUCAUCGUUUCUGAAGCCCAGGAGAUUGAACCUGAUGUGGUGGACAAACCAGACCUGCCAACAGAGCGCUCCGCAAGCAUGCCAGAAGAGAAGCUCCAAAGGAUCAUAGCUGAGGCAAAUGUGGCUCUUCUGAACCAACACUUUUUCCCCCCAGAAAUGACUCCAUACCUCUCAAGUUCAGAGGUGCAUCAGUCACUUCCUAGUGUGAUAGGAGAGCCCAAACAUGAGCCCCAGGUUAGUAACAUAGCUGGUCUCAUAACAGAUCAUGAGAGAAACCUUCAGCGAUGGAGUUUACCAAGCUUCCAUAGUCCUAGUACAGCAUCAAAUGCUGAUGCUGCACCACCUUCCACAGAUUCUGAGACGACUUCACAGGAAAGGACAUUUAGUGAUGGAAAAAAUGGCACUUCUGCUUGUGCUCCACAAACAUUUGAGAUGCAGGACUUAUGGGAAAACCUGGACAGUAAAGAAACAGCCAUAGUAGAAUUUUCUAAUGAGGAGAGUGAAAGAAAACUUUGACCAUU